AUGUAUCCGAGGAACCUGACGUGUUACUACCACAUCCGGCAGACGAGAGUGCCAGACGGGAAGGUGGCACUGAUCCGGGUCCGUCAGCGUAAUCCACACCUCAUCUAUAUCAAGGACCGCAAUGCCCCGCACUUGUCGAGGGAACGGAAACUCCAGGUGGGGUCCGCCUGUCACGUGCUGUACGACUACCUGGUGGCCUAUGAUGGCAACAGUACUGGAGCACCCAUCUUGGCCACUUGGUCCCAGUCUUCUCCUUCUUCCGCCUCACCGUUUGACUUCCCAUUCCAAGACUCUCCUCGUCGUCGAACAUUCGGCUUCGAGUUGGAUGUCGAGGUUGAGUUUGUUGACCGCGAGUCAACAGCUUAUAUCCGUGAAGGGUCGACUUGUGACUACAUGGUAAGUAGUCGUGGCCAGCGCAGCGGGUAUGUACAGUCACCUGUACACUCACUCUUACCUAACACUACCUGCACGUGGCGUCUCCUGGCUGGCAGCACAGAGGUGGUGUGGCUCUACUUCCUGCAUUAUCGCCACAUCCUGCAUCCAGAGAUGCCGACGCCCUCCCACUGCAACACACUCACUAUCACAGAAGGAGACAACCUAUUAGAACCGACAGAGUCCACCGUCACCAUGAUGGACAGUAUCGUGAACAAUACCAUGAACGUAACAGAGGAAAAUGUAACAUCUCUGUCAAUAAUGGGUGAAUUCUGUCGUCCAGACAGGUUGCCGAGGGUGUGUAGUGGCGUCCACGCUCCAGGACAACACACAGCGCCAUGUCUGCCAGGAGAAAGCUACAUCUCCAACUCUCCAGUUCUCACACUCUCCCUCAGGUAUGCAGCAGGCACAGCUCCAGCACAUGUGGAGUUCCUGGCUCACGUUUUCCUGUUUGGUCGUGGCGGCGUCCGAAAACUUCGCUGUGUCUACACCUUUGUGGCUGAGCCCGACGAGCGGAUAGUUCUGAGGAUCAUACGUUCGCGGAUGGGUUCCAGCUGUGGCACUCUGUUCAAACAUUCCUCCAGGCGAUACGAAUGUUCACACGAUGGUGCUGCAGACAAGCCAGCCAUCUGGAUGAGAGAGAGGCCGUGGGAAGGAGUGCCUCUCAUUCGUGCUUGUCUCUGUAACAUUUCUCACGAGCAGCCCUUCGUCCUCAUCUCCUAUACUAAUGAGAUCCAGAUCAUCUUCAGCAUCCCAGUCAUGACACCGUCAAGUGACUACAACGACUAUUUCCUGGAGGGGGAUUACUCCAUUGUUGACGCCACCUCCAUUUGCCCUGACCAAAACAACAACUACGCCCACGUAUUUAGCAGUGGCUGGCACGGCCCUAAUCAGACGAUGAUGGAGGAACUGGCUGCCACCGACCUCUGGAACACCUCCGUCAACAUGAACAUCGGCCAGAGUAACUACUACUACCACCAACAACAGCUGGAGUACCAGAAGAGAGGACGCCACCGCCAACGGAAGCAACAGCAAGAGUCACGUGACCUGGUGGUGGAGUAUGUCGGCAACUCCACCGGCAGAAUGAUCACCUGGAUAGGGGUGUGGAGACCCAUGCAAACGGCGCCACUCUCACCUGUGGGCGUGGAUCUCUGCCCUCACAGGUGCCCGGAAAUCCAAGCUUGUCUUCCAGCAGACCUGUGGUGUGACAGAACAUCCACUGCCCUCAGGUCUGGACGAGGGCGCGGGGGCGUGCGGUCUUUAGCCGCCCUUCCCUGGGUGUACCUCGCCGCUUCCAUAGUGCUCUUCAUAUCCUAG